AUGGUUCCAGCGUACUUGAAGUUGGUUCAUGUACCGUAUGAGAUGAUCAAACAGAGGUUUUCACAAAAUACACAAGAAUACAAGCAUCUACAUGGCACCAAACUGGAGGAACAUACAUAUUCUCAUAGACAUUACUCGAAUGCCGCACCAAAAAUUGCGCUAUCUUUGGCUUUAUUUUCUGUCAUAGUCACUGCGAACAUUCUUUUGUUCCUAGCAAGCACAGUUAUGUGGUUCUCGGAAAGAAAUUGCAGUGCUGUUGAGUGUGAAAAGGAAAUAAGUGCUUACUCGCCUGUCUUCGACCGAUUGAAAAUAACGAGAACACUCUCACGUUACAAUAAUUCAUUCUGGCCGGAUGACCCGCCGUCAAUAUACCAACUAAGACCAUCCCCGGAAGUUGACAGAGCUUGGGACAGAAUAUCAGCGGGCCCAGGGAUACCGUUUACCGCAGAUGAGGUCAUUCGUUCAGGCUGGGACCCUGAAACCUUAUGGCCUGUUCCACCAGAGGAACUUGAGGGAGACGAAGUGCGAUAUUGGGGACUCAUCGAUGUUUUUCACCAGAUUCACUGCUUGAAUGAGCUGCGGAUGACAGCAUUUCCGGCAUACUAUGGGGAUCGGAGGGGGAAGCAUAAAUUCGUUCCCCUUCCAUAUGAAGACCAUCUACUUCAUUGUCAGUACGCUAUACUCAAAGCUCUCACCUGUCAUGCGGAUCUGGAAAUCUCUGUCUUCCAAAAAUUCAAGGGGUGGCCCGGAGUCAACGUAAACUUUCAAAAGGAUAGAAAGUGUCGGAAUUUCCAAGACAUUCUAGAAUUCAAAGAGACGUAUCAGAUUGUACCGAAAAGAGCUGGGACAGAGUAUCCCGACACUCCUAUUAUUGAGCAAGACCCAGAAGGUGUACUCUCACCAAUUGGUUAUCAUUACAGUCGCAAAGAAACGUUGGAAAUUUUUGGAAAGAAAGAUGUGCUCGUCAUGCCGGGUGCGCAGUAG